CAUAUGUUUUUGCAAUACUGAUAGAUAUUUCUCAAUUGCCAUCCAUAAGAGUUGUAUCAACUUAUACUUUCACCAGCCAUGUAUUCCCCACAGUCUCACUGUUAUCAAACUUUUUUUUUUUAAACAAUCUGAACAGUGGAAAAUGGUAUCUGAGAGGAUUUUCUUUUAGAAAUGAAAACUAGGAAAAUUUUAGAAAGAAAUAUUAGAAAGAAAACAGAAAAUAGUAGAAAGAAAGCCUGACUAUGCAGGGGGAGAGAGAGAGGAGGGUAACUGCAGGAGGCAGACUUCCUUACUAGGCUGGAGGAGCGGAUCCGCUGCACUGGUGAUUCAUUUAACAGGUACAGAUGCAGGGGGUUUGUUGUACAUUUUGAAGGUGCAAGUGUCUUUUGAUUGCUUCUAUUUUUCAUAUGAAAUAAGAAUCGCGGGUCAUAAGGUAGGCGAGGAGAGGGGAGAGGGUGUUGAACAUUUGAGAGAAGAGAUGUGAAACUGCUUCGCUUAGAGAGUCGGGGAGUAGCCUGCCCAGGGCAAACUACGAUUCUGAGCAGCUCUGAGGGCCCUCAUGAGGAUGCAGCCUUAAAUUUAAAGUGAAUUUUGAAGGAAAAGGAGCACCAUACAUGAAGAAGACCCCUGCUUCAGGGAGAUGUGAGUAAAAACAAAAAAGCAAAGCAUUCAUCUAGUAUUCAUUUAACAAAUAUUUAGGGGGACUCUCCUACACAGAGGCACUGUUGCUGGGUCCUGGCUUGUCACAUAACAGCAGAUCACAAGCAUAUUCAAGUUGGCUGUUCACACAAAUCUGAUUAAGGUAAGAUUAUUCAUUAUGCAAACAAAAAAUAUAAAAAGUUACCAUAGGAUCUCUUUAUAUGAAUUGUUCUUAAGUUUGGGGAUGGGGGUUCUGACUCUUUUGGUAGCCUGAACAAACAGCUUCUCAGAAAAAUAUGCACAUAUACAAAUUUGCAGACAAUUGCAGGUGGUAUAGAACCACAAAUUAAGAAUCUCUCAAACUUUAGGGAAAUAAAACUUACCUAUUUUAAAGGGUGUAUUGUUUUAGUAUAUUUCGAAUGAUUCAAUUUACACAAAGCUUUCCAUGAGCUACUUCGUGUUAUGUACUGGACAUCUCAAUAAGGGCUCAGAAUUUGAAAAUUAUUUUAGGUUUCCAAAAAGUUGCAAAAAUAGUAUAGAGUACCCCUAUGUUCUUCACCCAGAAUCCCCUAAAGUUAACAUCUUACAUAACCGUAGUACAAUUAUCAAAAUCAAAACUAUUGAUACAAUAAUAUUAUUACUUGAUACACCUUGUUCAAAUUUCGUCAGUUGUCCCAUUCACGUCCUUUUUCUGUUCCAGGGUCCAAUCCAGGAUUUCACUUUGCGUUUAGUUGUCCUGGACUUGGCUUUUUUUCUUCUUCUUCUUUUUUUAAUCCAAAAGGGCUAUGUGUUCUUGGGCAGAUUAAUGUCCGAGUCUGUCUUCUGCCUUAAUAGACGUGAUGUGAAGAAUCAAUUAAAAAAAAUACAUGUGGAAUGUUUUCGGAAACUUCAAAGGUAACGAAAUUGUUCUUACUGCUCAAAGCUGGGCAUAUCUAGUGUGGCCUUUCGUUCAAAUUAAAACAAAAAUAAAAAUAGAAGCGUAUUAUUAUUGUCGAGAUGUUUUGUCCCCAAGUAGGACCCGUAGCUUCUCCCUUGGCCGCCAGGACACGCUUCCUCUAAUUGGGCAGCGUGUAUCUGCGCUGACGCAGGAAGGCCGCCUCAUUGGUCCGCGCAGUCGGGACUCAGGCGGCUUUUCUCUUAGUGCUCAAGGCGCCGACCCAUUUCUCUUUCUCCAGCCGAGUGCUCCCUUCCUUAUUAAGUGCCAGCCUGAAGGGAUCCAGACUGAGGCACCAUGACGACCCUGGAUGAUAAGUUGCUGGGGGAGAAGCUGCAGUACUACUACAGCAGCAGCGAGGAUGAGGAGAGUGACCACGAGGACAAGGACAGAAGCAGGGGUGCCCUGGCCGGCAGUUCCAUGCCUGCAGAUGCUGAGUUGGCAGGCGAAGGCAUCUCAGUUAACACAGGUCCAAAAGGCGUGAUCAAUGACUGGCGCCGCUUCAAACAGCUGGAGACUGAGCAGCGGGAGGAGCAGUGCCGGGAGAUGGAGAGGCUGAUCAAGAAGCUGUCCGUGAGCUGCAGGUCCCAUCUGGACGAAGAGGAGGAGCAGCGGAAGCAGAAGGGCCUCCAGGAGAAGAUCAGUGGGAAGAUGACUCUGAAGGACUUUGCCAUGAUGAAUGAGGACCAAGACGACGAGGAGUUCCUGCAGCAGUACCGGAAGCAGAGGAUGGAAGAGAUGCGGCAGCAGCUCCACCAGGGGCCCCAGUUCAAGCAGGUUUUUGAAAUCCCUAGUGGAGAAGGGUUUCUGGACAUGAUUGACAAGGAGCAGAAGAGCACCCUCAUCAUGGUCCAUAUUUACGAGGACGGCAUCCCAGGGACCGAAGCCAUGAACGGUUGCAUGAUCUGCCUGGCCGCAGAGUACCCAGCUGUCAAGUUCUGCCGGGUGAAGAGCUCGGUGAUCGGGGCCAGCAGUCGCUUCACGAGGAACGCCCUUCCCGCCCUGCUCAUCUACAAGGGGGGCGAGCUGAUAGGCAAUUUUGUCCGCGUCACUGACCAGCUGGGGGAAGAUUUCUUUGCAGUGGACCUUGAAGCUUUCCUCCAGGAGUUUGGAUUGCUCCCAGAAAAGGAAGUCUUGUUGCUAACCUCCGUGCGUAACUCGGCCACCUGCCACAGCGAGGAUAGCGAUUUGGAAAUAGAUUGAAUGGCUGGGCUGGUGGCAUAAAUUUCUCAUUGUUUGGGCUGGAAGACACACGUCCGUGUGUUUAUUUUCGUUCUUUUCUGUGUCUUCUGGCUUUUCUGCUGUUCUUUGUAGUCCCUUUUAUGAUAUGUCAAGUCAAGAAAUUCUUCUAUCAAAUCAGAAUGCUGAAUCACCUUGUGGCUAUCCAUAAAGUGACCUAACAUUGUAUAAACAGGAAGCCAGGCUUUUGAACUGUUUACUUAAGAUUCUCUAGCAUGACAUCUCUGUUAUUGUUUCCAGUCAGUAUUUACAUAGCAUCCUGAAGACAGUGUCCUGGAAAUUGUCUUCAGAUGAUCUCAGAGGUCUCUGCCAGGUCCGGGAAUAUAAUUCUAUAGUUAGUGUGUUAUUUGCAACAUAAGUAAUACAUUUCCUUCAUCAAAUCAUUGUAAAUUAUAUUUACUUAUAAUCAGACUCAUAGUCUUAGAAGGCAGUUAAAUUUUUACCCCCUAGACCGUAUUCUCUCCCAGGGUCUUGUUUAAAGGUUCCAGACCAUGUAUGUUUGCCCCAUCAAGAGGGGGGUGACCUUUGUCGCCAGAGUCGAUACCCUGCUCAAGCAUUAUUAAGUCUACAAUAGAGGAAGGAUCGAGAUGGACUGUCCUCUUGAUGCUGAAAGACCAGCUUGGCUUGAAAAUUAGAGCUGAGAUAGAGCUGGGAAGCCUUUUUAAAGGAAGAUCUUCCAAUUAAGAUACCCCUGCUCAUCUUUUUCUCUGUUUCUUUUUUAUUUAACAAGGUAAUUUUUUGGUUUCAUGUAGCUUUUGUUAAAACUUUUUUGCAUAUUGGAAAAGUUAAUAUUCAAUAGAAUACAGAAAAUACAGAAGCAAAAA